CAAAAAAGUUUUAACCCAAGAGCUCUUCUUCUUUACAGUCUUUCUCUGUGUAUGCGCGCGUGAGAGAACAGCUUAAUUAGAAAAAUAAAAAACCAAAUCUUUGCUACAUAUCUUUUGGCUGUAUCCGUAUAUAUGUUGUUUCUUCCUAUCAGAAACUCAGAUUUGUUUCUCAAUGGUGGAAGAAGAAGACAAGUGAUUGGUUCUGUUUCUUGGAGUUUAGUUUCUUAUGAUUCAUACAUCUGAAAGGGAAAUACAAAUCAAAAUCUCUUUGUUUCUUUCUCUGUCUCUAAGUCCCAAAAGCCCAUUUUCACUUCUUCUUCUAGUUAUUGCUUUGAGAUCAGAUUACAAAUUUGAUUCUUCUGGAGAUGGGAUUUGAAGACAAGAAAAUGCAGAGUAAGAGACACAAUCGUUCCAAGAGCUGGACUGUUCCUGAAAAGAAAAAACUUGAAGAGGAUAAUAAUAAUAAUAGCAUUGUUUCUUCUCUGGGUGCUUCUCAACGCUUCAAGCUGGACUUACCUCGUUGCUGUGAUAAAUCUGUUAAGGAAGUAAAAGUCCAGAGCUCUCUCAAGCAAGAGAUUCAAGAGCUUGAGAAGAGACUACAGAACCAGUUUGAUGUCCGUGGCGCUUUAGAGAAGGCAUUAGGCUAUAAAACACCUUCUAGAGACAUUAACUCCAAUGCCAACUCUACUCCAAAGCCUGCAACAGAACUGAUAAAGGAAAUAGCGGUGCUAGAGUUGGAAGUUUCACAUUUGGAACAGUAUCUUCUCUCUUUGUACCGUAAAGCAUUUGAUCAACAGUCAUCUUCUGUAUCUCCAAAACAACAGCAGACUCCUAGUUCUCCUAAGUCCACUCUUAGAGGCAAACGUCUGGACUUCUCAACAACAACAACACCUGAACAACCUCGGUGUGUCUCCUUUGACAACAGACUAAAGAGCCCAUGUAUGGUCAACAAGGAACCAGAUUCUCCCAGCCUUAGCUGCAGACAAGAUAACUUAGCCAUGGAGGAGCCUAGGUGUUUCUCCUUUGACAGUAGACUGAAGGAACCUGGUUCUGCUACUAAGAAACUCAAUCAAGAAGGCUCAACAGAGUGCUUCUCCUUUGACAAUAGACCAAUGCAACCUGGUUCUGCUGCUAGUAAACUCAUUCAAGAAGGCUCAACAGAGUGCUUCUCCUUUGAGAAUAAACUGAUGCAACCUGGUUCUGCUGCUAGGAAACUCACUCAAGAAAGCUCAACAAUCGAUUCACGGUGUUUCUCCUUCGACAAUAGGCUGAAAGAUCAAUCUCUUUACGAGGAGGAGGACAUUGAUUCAUGUGUUCGCCGUUGCCAGUCUACUCUUAACCAACGUUCCACCUUCAACAACCGAAUAUCUCCACCAGAAUACAUACACAAUGGAUCAGAUCACAUAUUCAUGACACCAAACAAGCUAUCAGAGGAGAUGAUAAAGUGUGCAUCAGCUAUAUACUCCAAGCUCGCUGACCCUCCAUCGAUAAACCACGGUUUCUCAUCCCCGGGCUCAUCUCCUUCAUCAACAAGCGAGUUUUCACCUCAAGAACAGUAUGAUAUGUGGAGUCCAAGCUUCAGGAAAAACUCUGCUUUCGAUGAUCAGUUCGAGUUCAGCGGACCUUAUAGCUCAAUGAUCGAAGUGUCACACAUUCAUAGAAACCAAAGGAGAGGACGUGACCUUGACUUGAUGAAUCGAAACUUCAGGUUGAUGAUUAAGCAAUUGGAGAGUGUUGAUCCGAGAAAGCUGACUCAUCAAGAGAAACUAGCAUUUUGGAUCAACAUACAUAAUGCACUUGUGAUGCACACAUUUCUGGCUAAUGGGAUUCCACAGAACAACGGGAAGCGGUUUCUACUGCUCUCCAAGCCAGCUUACAACAUAGGAGGUCGCAUGGUAAGCAUAGAAGCGAUACAAAGUUAUAUUCUUCGCAUCAGGAUGCCUCGUCCUGGCCAGUGGCUGAAGUUAUUACUCAUUCCAAGAAAGUUCAGAACCGGAGAUGAGCAUCAAGAAUAUUCCCUCGACCACUCCGAGCCUCUCUUAUACUUUGCUAUUUGUUCAGGCAGCCAUUCUGAUCCAGCGAUUCGUGUUUAUACCCCCAAGGGAAUCUACCAAGAGCUAGAAACCGCGAAAGAGGAGUACGUUCGUGCAACGUUCGGGGUAAAGAAAGACCAGAAGCUAGUCUUACCAAAGAUCAUCGAGUCUUUUAGCAAAGACUCGGGUUUGAGUCAAGCGGCACUGAUGGAGAUGAUUCAAGAAUGUCUUCCAGAGACAAUGAAGAAAAGAGUAAAGAAACUUAACUCUGGGAGAUCAAGGAAGAGCAUUGUUGAAUGGAUGCCACAUAGCUUCGUGUUUAGAUAUUUGAUAGCCAGAGAACUUGUUAGAUGAAUCUAUUUAUCUGUAAUGUUGUUAUUGGUGAAGUGUAUAGGAUGAGGAUUAUCAAUUAUGUAAUGUGUAGUGUAGAAGUAGAGAGAGGGAAAACUGCAUGCCGUUUUACGGGAUGAUGUUUUGGCUUUGUCGUCUUUGGUACUGUGUACAUACUAAAUCAAUUCCCUUACCUUUUUUAUGACC